UCGGUUCACUCCACUCCACUCAAAAACAACCGGGCCAGCCAGCCACACAGUCCCGCGCAGCCAGCCACUCGCCUCGCUCCGCAUUGCCCGGCGAGCAACGGGCCUACCCGCGGCGUGGGUCAUGGCGCUCCUGCUGCUGCGCGGCUGCCUCGCCCCGGUCAACGCCGCCGGCCCGGCGUUCCGGCCAGCGGAGACCACGAGCCGGAUUAGUUACCGGCCGUCCCGGUUCGGUGCCAUCGUCGCCUCGGCCGCCGCGGCCUCGCCGUCCGGCGGCGACGGCGCGACCGCCGCGGUGGACUCGGUGCUGCGUGGCUCGGAGGGACACAAGGCGCGCGACUACGGCGGGACCAACGGCGCCGCUGUUUCCGGCACCGCCAGGUCCACCACCAUCGAGACCACCGUCGAGAGGAUCAUCUUCGACUUCCGGUUCCUGGCUCUCCUCGCCGUCGCCGGGUCGCUGGCGGGCUCCCUCCUCUGCUUCCUCAAUGGAUGUGUGUACAUCAAAGAGGCGUACUGCGUCUACUGGACGAGCUGCGCCAAAGGUGUCCAUACAGGGCAGAUGGUCCUCAAGGUCGUCGAGGCCAUUGAUGUGUAUCUUGCUGGCACUGUGAUGCUCAUCUUCGGGAUGGGUCUGUACGGGCUGUUCAUCAGCAACGCGUCCAACGAUCUGCCCUCCGGGUCCGACCGGGCUCUGCAGGGAUCGUCGCUGUUUGGGAUGUUCGCUCUGAAGGAGAGGCCGAAGUGGAUGAAGAUCACGUCGCUGGACGAGCUCAAGACGAAGGUGGGGCACGUCAUCGUGAUGAUCCUGCUGGUGAAGAUGUUCGAGCGGAGCAAGAUGGUGAAGAUCACCACGGGGCUGGACCUGCUCAGCUACUCGGUCUGCAUCUUCCUCUCCUCGGCCUCCCUCUACAUCCUCCACAACCUCCACCGGCCCGAGCACGAGGAGUCCGUCAUGCCCCACUUGUAAUUGAACCUCCACCACCGCAUCGAUCCUGAUGUGCCAAGAGCAGAACAUAUGUAGUGUAACAGUGUAGGAAGGAAGAAGAACUUUAUUCAGAACAUUCAUAUAGCACGAACUCUCCCAAGUUUCAA